GUGGUCAGUUAUUGUUUGUAGUGAUACCACAGCAAUCACUUUUCCCAUCAUGGCCAAUGAACGUGAUCUUUUUUCCACGGAGAUUGUGAACCGUGGGAUUGAAUCCUCCGGCCCCAAUGCCGGCUCCUUGACCUUCUCGGUGAGGGUGAGGAGGCGGCUGCCGGACUUUCUACAGUCCGUCAACCUCAAGUACGUCAAGUUGGGUUACCAUUAUCUCAUAAACCAUGGCAUUUACUUGGUCACCAUACCCGUGCUUCUUCUGGUGUUCAGCGCUGAGGUUGGCAGCCUCAGCAAAGAAGAGCUAUGGAAGAAGCUCUGGCAAGACGCCUGCUACGACCUCGCCACCGUCCUCGCUUUCUUCGGCGUCUUCGUCUUCACCUUGUCUGUUUACUUCAUGUCAAAGCCUCGCUCCAUUUACCUCAUUGAUUUUGCAUGCUUUCAGCCCAACGAGGACCUCAAGGUUUCAAGGGAACAGUUCAUUGAGCUAGCAAGAAAAUCAGGCAAGUUCGACGAGGAUAGCUUGGCGUUCCAGAAGAGGAUAUUAAUGUCCUCGGGCAUAGGGGACGAAACUUACAUCCCAAAGGCAGUGGUAGCGUCCAAUGAAAACUGCGCAACAAUGAAAGAAGGUCGAGCAGAGGCAUCCAUGGUUAUGUUCGGAGCCCUUGACGAACUGUUUGAGAAAACCAAGAUUCGUCCCAAGGACGUGGGUGUUUUAGUAGUGAACUGCAGCAUCUUCAACCCCACACCAUCACUCUCAGCCAUGAUCAUAAACCACUACAAGAUGAGAGGAAAUAUUCUGAGUUAUAACCUUGGUGGAAUGGGCUGCAGUGCUGGGAUCAUAGCCAUAGACUUAGCCAGAGACAUGCUUCAAUCGAACCCCAACAAUUAUGCCGUGGUGGUGAGCACUGAAAUGGUAGGGUUCAAUUGGUAUCAGGGGAAGGAAAGAUCUAUGCUUAUUCCAAACUGUUUCUUUCGCAUGGGUUGCUCUGCUGUUCUUCUCUCCAACCGUCGACGUGACUAUAGGCGUGCCAAGUAUCGUCUUGAACACAUUGUUCGUACCCAUAAAGGUGCCGACGACCGCAGCUUCAGGUGUGUGUACCAAGAAGAAGAUGAACAAAAAUUCAAAGGGCUGAAGGUGAGCAAGGACCUAGUUGAAAUAGGUGGUGAUGCCCUUAAAACCAACAUCACCACAUUAGGACCUCUGGUACUACCCUUUUCAGAGCAGCUUAUCUUCUUCGGCACCCUUGUAUGGAGGCACCUGUUUGGUGAUAAAUCUGCUGGAGGGAAUUCACCAUCUCCACAGAAACCUUACAUCCCAGACUACAAACUUGCUUUCGAACAUUUCUGUGUGCAUGCUGCGAGUAAAACCAUUCUUGACGAGCUUCAGAGGAACCUGGAACUGAGCGACAAGAACAUCGAAGCCUCCAGAAUGACUCUGCAUCGUUUUGGCAACACAUCUAGCAGCAGUAUAUGGUAUGAACUUGCUUAUUUGGAAGCCAAAGAGAGGGUUAGACGAGGAGACCGUGUUUGGCAAUUGGCUUUUGGGUCUGGUUUCAAGUGUAACAGUAUAGUUUGGCGUUCCAUGCGUCGUCAAAAGAGGCCUUCUACCAACCCCUGGCUUCAAUGCAUCGACAGAUACCCUGUGUCUCUUUCUCAAGCUCCUUGAAUGAGACGCAACAAGUUCAAAACUUUACAUCAGUUAUGAUUGAUUUAGAAAGUUGUGGUGAUGAUGAUCAGUAAUAGCUAUUCUUAAUUAGUGGGUCUUUAAAUCUUAUUUUGCCGUCUUGAAAUUGUUUACUGCUAUUAUAAAAAGGCUUAUAGUGUGCCUCUCUACUUUGUGUUUCUCUGUCUCUCUGUUUUAUAAGACUUUCAAAGUUAAUCAAAGACUGGUUACAUCGAUACUAAAUGAGUCCGGUGUUGUUGCUAUGUCUA